UAGUGUCCUGGAAAAAAAAAUACCCAAAAUAAUAAAAACUAAAAAAACAGAGAAAAAAAAAAGUGAGGUUUGAGCCAAAAAUCCGAUCAGUCUUGUAAUGGUCUGAUCAGAUGGCGGACGAUCCUCCUUCCCACCUCGCUCAUGUUCCAUUGCCUUCGAACCCAGGUGGGUUAGUUUCCGAUGAUGCUCCACCAGUUCCAAUUUAUAUUGUCACCGAAGCUUCACAGCUUCCAGUGGAGUUCUUAGAGCCAAGUCCUGAAACAAAGCUAGUAAUUGGCUUCGAUUGUGAGGGUGUUGACCUGUGCCGUUAUGGAACUCUUUGUAUCAUGCAGAUUGCAUUUCCUGAUGCUAUAUAUCUUGUGGAUGCCAUAGAAGGUGGAGACAUGCUCAUAGAAGCAUGUAAGCCUGCUCUUGAAUCUAGAUACAUCACUAAAGUUAUACAUGACUGCAAACGUGAUAGUGAGGCAUUGUAUUACCAGUUUGGCAUCAAGUUACAUAAUGUCAUGGACACCCAGAUAGCAUAUACCUUGAUUGAAGAACAGGAUGGUCGUCCCAAAGGGCCCGAUGACUACAUCUCAUUUGUUGCUCUUCUUGCAGAUCCACGCUAUUGUGGAAUAUCUUAUCUUGAGAAGGAGGAGGUUCGGAUUCUCUUGAGGCAGGAUCCCAAGUUCUGGAAAUACAGACCAUUAUCUGACCUCAUGAUCCGUGCAGCUGCUGAUGACGUCCGUUUUCUGCUUUACAUCUAUCACAAAAUGAUGGAGAAGCUAAAUGCCCAAUCUCUGUGGAACCUUGCAGUUCGUGGUGAAUUGUAUUGCCGCUGCUUCUGUAUAAAUGAUGAUAACUUGGCUGAAUGGCCUGCUUUGCCUUCUAUUCCAGAUGACCUGCCUGUGGACACAGAAGCUCCUGAAGAGGAAAUCCUUUCUGUUCUUGAUGUUCCGCCAGGGAAAAUGGGACGUGUGAUUGGCAAAAAAGGAUCUUCAAUUCUGGCAAUCAAGGAAUCGUGCAAUGCAGAGAUUCUCAUUGGAGGCUCAAAGGGUCCCCCUGAUAAGGUUUUCAUCAUAGGCCCAGUGAAGCAAGUGAGAAAAGCUGAGGCCAUGAUAAGGGGAAGAAUGCUGGACAUGCAAUGAACAAAUAGUCUCUUGCAAUGCUUUGGAUUGUACUGAUACAAUCUAUCUCAAUAAUAAUAAAUGGAACUUUUAAAGACACUUCUUUUCUCCAGUUCUGAAUUUUGAGGCUGUUUUGCUCUUUAGUUCUAAACCCGCGUUAGUUUAUUUGAGCUUCUCCAAGGCACUUCUUGGAGGAUCUCUCUAGUAUUUUUUAGCAGAGUAGUUUUUGCAUGAAUGUCAGAGAUGACUGGGAGCUCUCCCUGGAAUCUAAUUGCCGUAGAUGCAUGAACCUUAGCUUGCUAUAUGCUGUCCGUCUGUUUUACAAUAUGUUGAAUGUAUAGUGUUGAUCAAUGUAAACGUGAAGCUUGCCAUUGAUACAAUUUGUAGCUUUGAUGGUAUGUUGCUCGAGUGCUGAUAUUAUAUUUUUAGAGUGUGGAAUCCUGAUUAGCAUUGGA